AUGCCAAAAAAAGUGCAGGAUAAUUGCGAACAACGCCAGCAAAAGCUGCAGGUCACCAAACUGUACAAAACUGGAAGGCAGGGAAAGAGCUCUCUUAGCAUCAACGACGACGCUCUCGCCCUCAAAACAUUCGAAAUCCCAAGUUCAUACAACGGGCCUGCGUCUGUCUAUCCCUAUCCAUGGGAAUCGAGGCAGGUUCGAAUCAACACUGGCAAGUUCCAACGCCUUCGCCCAGAAAGUUAUUGGUGUCCGGAGGGGGGUUUUGUGAUAGCGUCAAGCGAGAUUUGGAUACGCACUGAAAUAUGA